GCAGUGAUUGGCAUUCGCUCUCCAUCCACUGUGACGGAUUAGAGAAGGAAGCAGAGAAGAGUCGCUGGUGGAGCCGAAGACACGAAAGGAUCUUUAUCUGGUGCAGUCAUGUCAAAAGUGUAUAAGAAGACCAGCGGGAAUGGAACCAUCAUCUUGUACUUGGGGAAGAGAGACUUUGUGGACCAUGUGGAUAGUGUCGACGUAGUUGAUGGGAUCAUUAAGGUGGACCCCUCUGGUUUAAAUGGAAGAAAAGUGUUUGUCUACCUCGCCUGUGCCUUCCGCUAUGGAAGUGAUGACCUGGAUGUUAUCGGACUCUCCUUCAGGAGAGACAUCUGGUUAAAGAAGGUCCAGGUGUAUCCGGCUGCCGAUGGAAACCCGACUAACACGCCAAUGCAGGAAUCCCUCCUGAAAAAAGUUGGAGAGCAAGGAUGUCCUUUCUCUUUCCAGAUGCCAACAGAUCUCCCAUGCUCAGUCUCUUUACAUCCAGGGCCGAAUGAUAAGGGCAAGUUUCUGUCCCAGGCCUGUGGAGUGGAUUUUGAGGUCAAAGCAUAUAUUGCCAAAGAAGCUAGCAAUCCAGAUGAAGUCAUUGACAAAAAGGAUACCUGCCGCUUGAUGAUUCGCAAAAUACAGUUUGCACCGACAAACAAAGCCGGACCGAAGGUCGAGCUCUCCAAACAGUUUAUGAUGAGCGACAAACCAAUUCACAUGGAGGGAUCUCUUGAAAAAGAGAUUUACUACCAUGGAGACCCGAUCACUGUCAUUGUGAAAAUCAACAACGAAACCUCAAAGACUAUCAAAAAAAUCAAAGUCUCAGUGGAUCAGCUAACAAGUGUUGUCCUCUACUCAUCUGACACCUACAUCAAGGAUGUCUGCUCCGAGGAGUUUGCAGAGAAUAUAGCUGCAAACUCUACAUUUGAGAAGUCCUAUCAAGUUACCCCCCUGCUGUCGAACAAUAGGGAAAAACGAGGGCUUGCCGUCGAUGGGAAGCUGAAAGAUGAGGACACCAACCUUGCAUCCACAACGCUGAGCCAAGGGGAGAAGGAGAUGCAGGGAAUUAUCGUCCACUACAAAGUCAAAAUUACUGUAACGGCGACUGGUGGAGGUUUGCUAGGUGGCCUGACGGGAAGUGAUGUUGUCGUGGAGCUUCCUUUAACUCUGAUGUCCCCAAAACCUGCGGAAAUAACGGAUGUCGCAGUUGAUGCCGUGGAAGCAUAAAAAAAGGAAAGUCAAUAGGAAAAACCAAGGAACUCCUCACCAAUGAAGAACACAGACAGCACUGUUUCAUGCAAGCAAAGCAAUGUUCCUAUUUUCCAUGUACAUAUAUUUUUUUUUUACUGUAAAUUACACUCAAGGCUCAAUUAUGGAAAAAGUAUGUGUAACUUUUUUCUGAAUGUCAAUAAGCCUAACUGGAAAAUUGUUAAUUGUAUCUUAGUAUAUAAUUUGCAGACUCUAUAAAAGGUAAAUGCAGACCUUAAUUUGUUAUUAAUGUGGAUUUUUGUGUCAUUAGAUCAACGAUUAAACUUUCAGGUGUGAGAUAAAUGUCUUCUGUUUACAAAUAAACAAGAACACUCAAA